GCCCGAUAAUGGCGGUCGGGAGGCGGCAGCGCGGUGGCGGCGGUGGCCCUGAGUGUUAAGAUGGCAGAGUAACCAUGGGAGACUGGAAUUUCCUUGGAGGCAUUUUAGAGGAGGUUCACAUUCAUUCCACCAUUAUUGGAAAGAUUUGGCUGACAAUCCUCUUCAUAUUCCGCAUGCUUGUCCUGGGAGUGGCAACAGAGGAUGUUUGGAAUGAUGAGCAAUCAGAAUUUAUCUGCAACACUGAGCAGCCUGGCUGCAGAAAUGUGUGCUAUGAUGAGGCCUUUCCCAUCUCUCUCAUAAGAUACUGGGUCCUGCAAGUUAUAUUUGUGUCUUCCCCUUCCCUGGUAUAUAUGGGUCAUGCCUUAUACAGACUGAGAGCCUUGGAAAAGGAGAGACAAAGAAAGAAAGCUCAGGUAAGAGUGGAGCUUGAAAGCACUGAAUUGGAAAUGACUGAAGAGAGGAAAAGACUGGAGAGAGAACUCAGGCAACUGGAUCAAAGGAAGCUGAACAAAGCACCCCUGAGAGGCUCUUUGCUCUGCACUUACGUGAUCCACAUCUUCACAAGGUCUGCAGUGGAAGUUGGGUUUAUGAUAGGGCAGUAUCUGCUGUAUGGCUUCCACCUGGAUCCCCUUUACAAAUGUCAGAGGGACCCAUGUCCAAACACAGUUGACUGCUUUGUAUCUAGGCCAACAGAAAAGACAGUGUUCAUAUUAUUCAUGCAAUCCAUAGCAACUGUAUCACUGCUUUUAAAUAUCCUGGAAAUCAUCCACCUAGGGUUACGAAAGAUUAAAAUGGGAAUCUGUGGGCAGCAUAAAAGCAAGGAUGAGCCUGAGGGUUUCUACAUAAACAAAUCGAAGAAGUACUCUGUGAUACAACACUCCUCAUUGGGAAUAUCCACCACCCCUCAAAAAACCCUUCCUUCUGCACUCAGUGGUUACACCUUUUUAACUGAAAAGCAAACUGACCCAGGUGCACACCCAGUUCUCAGUUCUCCCCCCACGUUUCAGUCUGGGCAAAAUAAGUGUACAGAAAACACCAGCAAUUACACCCAUGGCCAUCAGGAAGAUAAAUCCCCAAAGAAGAGGCCAGCUGCAAAUGCUUUAGACAGUCACACUCAGGACUCUGGCACAAAUAAGAAUGAAGACUUGCUUGAAGUGCACGAUGCUGGAAAAGAUGAAAAGAAACACAGCCUUGUUGGUACUAAGAAUGCAGAUUUAACUUCAAGUGUGUGCUCGAGAAGCUUUGCUGAAAUGCCACCUCAGACCUCACUGCAACCAGAUGCAACUUUUCCAAGCUGUGGUUUCAGAAGACAGCAGGGAACGAGCUCAUCUUGGAACUGCUCAGCAAGACUCCAGAGUGGAGGAGCUUCAGGAAAUUCUUUUCCAAAGAACAACAGAAGACAAAGUGGUUUCAGUGCAGACAAAGCCCAACCUCCUCACAGUGCUGACAUGAAAUAUUCCAGCCCACCAGACACCCCUGAUUCCACAUGGGAAGGGAGCUCAGAAUCCAAACAAAGCAGAAAUGGUGAUAGUCCCAGGCCUUGCUCUCUCUCUAGGCCCCCAUCACUGUCCAGCACUGCCAGCAGCAGACGAGCCCCUACUGACCUUCAAAUAUAA